AUGGCGGCCAACUUCUGGACGUCGUCGCACAGCAAGCAGCUGCUGGACCCGGAGGAUGUGGACGUGGUGCCGGCGCAAGACCGGGAGCGGGGCGUCACGCCCGUGGAGUUCCGCCUCGUCAAGAUCCACAUGUCCUUCCAUAUAUGGCGGUUGGCCCAGCAGGUCAAAGUUAGACAAAGAGUCAUAGCUACUGCAAUCACAUACUUCAGGCGUGUCUACACAAGAAAGAGCAUGACAGAGUAUGAUCCUCGUUUGGUAGCACCAGCUUGUUUGUAUUUGGCAUCAAAGGUAGAGGAAAGCACAGUGCAAGCAAGGCUUCUUGUAUUUUACAUCAAGAAGAUGUGUGGUGGUUCUGAUGACAAGUACCGAUUUGAAAUCAAAGAUAUCCUUGAAAUGGAAAUGAAGCUCCUGGAAGCACUCGACUAUUAUUUGGUUGUUUACCAUCCAUACCGUCCUCUUCUACAGUUAUUGCAGGAUGCUGGCAUAACAGAUCUGACACAAUUUGCCUGGGGCCUUGUCAAUGAUACUUACAAGAUGGAUCUCAUUCUCAUAUAUCCUCCUUAUAUGAUUGCAUUGGCCUGCAUAUACAUUGCAAGCGUUCUUAAAGAUAAGGACACAACCUCGUGGUUUGAAGAACUCCGCGUUGACAUGAACAUUGUUAAGAAUAUCUCAAUGGAAAUCUUGGACUUUUACGACACCUACAAGAUUGAUCCUCAAAGGGGCCUCCAGGAGGACAAGAUCAUCCCUGUGAUGAACAAGUUGCCAUCAAAGGCCUGA